AUGUCCUUUGAAACUACUGGUUUUCCUCCUGAGCUUCUGCGUGAGGUACUCACUGCAGGUUUCUCUGCUCCAACUCCGAUUCAAGCUCAGUCGUGGCCAAUUGCGAUGCAAGGUAGGGACAUAGUAGCCAUUGCUAAAACCGGCUCGGGAAAAACUUUGGGUUACUUGAUUCCUGGCUUCAUGCAUCUUCAACACAUCCGGAAUGAUUCGAGAAUGGGCCCAACAAUCUUGGUAUUGUCUCCAACGAGGGAGCUGGCCACACAAAUCCAAGACGAAGCUGUUAAAUUUGGGAGGUC